AUGUCCUUCAACGACUCCUCCAAUUUGGAGUCGCAGCCGACCACAUGGCGGAGGGAAGACGACCCGCAAUACGCCGAUGACCCCGAGUUCCAGCAAUACACAACACAGCUAUCCGACAAGCUCUUCUCUCUCACAUCGAACAUCUCCCGACUAUCCUCGCAGAUUGCGCUCCUCGGCACGCGAAGAGAGACAGACCGUGUACGAGAACGAGUCAGCGACUUGCUCUCGGAGACCCAAGAUGGCUUCCGCGAAGUGGGCGAGGGAUUGAAGAAGGUGCAGGCAUGGCACGAUCUGGGACCAAGCCAGAAGUAUACAGCAGGCAAAUUGAGUCAGGAGUUCAGAGCGAGCUUGACAGAAUUUCAAGGACUACAGAGACAGGCGCUGGAUAAGCAGCGAGCAUCAGCAUCAGCCGCGAAGGCAGCUCUGGAUCAAGCUGCGCCAACAUCUCCUUCGGCACAGGGAGGCCAGCAGCAACUACAACAGCAGCAGGAACAGCUACGACUGGCCGAUCAGAGUGAGGUAGACUUUCAGGAAAGCCUUAUCAUUGAGCGAGAGAGCGAGAUAAGGAACAUCGAGAGCAGUGUGUCUGAGCUCAACGAGCUGUUCAGGGAUGUGGCAACCAUGGUUCACGAUCAAGGACAGACGCUCGACAUUAUCAGCGAAAACGUAAUGCAGACGCGCGACGAUACGAGGAAUGCCGACCAACAGCUGCGAACAGCGAGCCGGCACCAGAAGAGUGCAAGAGGGAAGGCGUGCUGUCUGCUGAUCAUCCUGGCUAUUGUAUUAGCAGUUGUGAUAUUGGCAGUCGUGCUUUCAUAG